AGUUCUGUAUUUUUAAGUUUUAAUUUGUGAUUCGUAUUCGUAUCUAUCGAACAGCAAAUUGUUUUAGUGGUGUAUUUUUGAGUUCGAAUGAUUUUUGACGAUGCUGGAUAACUUCGGUGAACAGAUCGAGGAUUUUGAAGUGUACGACUUGCUGGGAAAAGGGGGAUUUGCUUGUGUUUAUCGGGCAAAAUGCCGCCGUACCGGUAUUCAUGUCGCGAUCAAAAUGAUCGACAAGAAAAUGAUGCAGUCGGCUGGAAUGGCUAACCGCGUUCGGCAGGAAGUAAGCAUCCAUUCACGAUUGAAGCAUCCUUCGAUUUUGGAAUUGUAUACCUUUUUCGAGGAUGCAAAUUAUGUGUACUUGGUUCUAGAACUGGCAGAAAACGGUGAACUUCAGCGGUAUUUAAGAGAAACCAAAAAAACUUUUAGUGAGCAUGAGGCUGCCACGGUUUUGAAACAGGUCGUUGAUGGUCUCUUAUAUUUGCAUUCUCACCAUAUCCUGCAUCGGGACAUGUCCUUAGCUAAUCUAUUGCUAACCAAACAUAUGACUAUAAAGAUUUCAGAUUUUGGUUUAGCGACACAAUUAUCACGACCUGAUGAAAAACACAUGACCCUUUGUGGAACACCAAAUUAUAUCUCACCGGAAGUGGCUUCUCGCGCUUCGCACGGACUUCCAGCCGAUGUUUGGGGAUUAGGGUGUAUGUUGUACACUUUUCUGGUAGGAAGACCACCAUUCGACACCGCAGGAGUGAAGUCAACUUUAACAAAAGUUGUAAUGUCCAAUUACAACAUUCCGAAUCAUAUUUCCCAAGAAGCACGUGAUUUGAUCGAUCAACUAUUGAAAAAGAAUCCAGCAGAAAGGAUGCGACUGGAAGAUGUUUUACAGCAUUCUUUUAUGCGAAAGGCAAUCUCUCUUGACAAAGGUCAUUCCGGUGGUACAACACUUGCAUCAACUGACAGUGGUAUUAUGACUAUUUCAAGUAGUGGAAACCGCUCUAAUAUUCCAUCAAGUUACGGUCAAGAGCGCUAUCAGCCAACGGUAAAUCAUCAAAUGCCUCUACGCUAUCAACCGAUAAGUGAACAUGAACAGAACUUUCAAGAGAGUAUACUACCACCUCGUCCCCGAUCCGCUUCCUAUCAGCAAACAUCUGAUUUCGGCUCCGGAUUAAACCCAAGCUCUCGGGAGGAUCCUACACCGGGCUAUCGUAAAGUGAAUCAGAUAUCGAUGCUGCAACAGUUCAAUAGCCUUGAGUUGAUGGAAAAAUAUAACAUCAACAAAGCGGAGAUUGAAAGUGUCGGUCGAGCGAAUUCAACUGGUAGUUUGCAACAGCUACAUGGGUAUCGAGACUUCUAUAAUCAGCCGCCAGUGUGUCCACAACAAAUUUCACUAUUGGAAGCCAAACAAAAAUCAACUUCUAUUUCAAAGUUAUACCAACUAGCCAAUGAUAACCAGCCUCAGUCAGCAAACUAUUGUCAGCUCGAAGGAAAAGAAAAUUAUGCUGAUCAAUAUGAACCUGCACUAGAAGGCGAACAAGCACUGAAUCCUGGCAAUUAUGACUUCCUUGAUCAUUUUCAAUCAAGGGAUAAUCAUAACAAUUAUCAAAAUAACCCUCAAAAACAAUCGAGAAAACAGCUUGGUGUUCCGCCUCUAAAUACCACUCGACUGCUACCGAAUCGCCACAAAACAAAGAACGCAAUUCUCAGCAUUCAAUCUAAUGGCGAGGUUGUACUGGAGUUCAUCAAGCACAAACAGCGGUACCGGGAGGAUCGAGUGUUUGACGUGUGCCGAAUAUCUUCCGACGGUCUUCGGUUCAUUCUCUACCACCCGGAGGGUGGAAAGGGCGCCCCGGUGAAAGACGAACCACCUGAUCUGCCGGCUGGAGGAGCAGACAGUAUCUUCAGUUACGAAAGUUUGCCCGAAAAGCACUGGAAGAAAUACAUGUACGCAGCGCGCUUUGUGCAGAUGGUUAAGGCAAAAACACCGAAAAUUACGUACUAUAGUGAGAAGGCCAAAUGCCAGCUCAUGGAAACGCUGGAGGAUUACGAGGCUAUGUUUUACAGUGGGACAAAAAUUGUGAAAUCACCACAGGAAGGUGUUCGGAUUGUGGAUAGCAAUGGAACACUGUUAGCGGAUACCGGUAACCUGAGCUCCGUACUGAACAUGGAAUAUCAACACUUCCAGAGAACACUUGAACACUGCCUAAGCAUCGAUCGAUCCCUAUCAGCGAUUCACACCGGGAACACCUUUCCGCUAAUAAUCGGAAGGCGACCGACUUCAGCCGGUUUGGCUUCUUCUUCUAAGGAACCCUACUGUCAAUCAAAUCUCUCCACCCCACAAACACCAAUGACACCCCAUCAAUUCUCAUCGUUUGCAAUGUCUGUAAAUUCCCGCGAUUCAGCAGCGGUGCACAAUCGACGACCGGUAGUGCGCGCAAAAGCAACCAGUAAUUUUACCAACAUGGCCGUUAAGAAGUGCACCGUUGCGGGUGUUGGCACCGCGGUGCAACUCUCGCAGGGAGUCAUUCAGGUGCACUUUCUCGAUGGCGCAGCACUAUCUUUGAUUCCGACCGAGCAGGGUGGCGGAGUAACGUUUUCGCCCAGUCCCGGUAGUCCGCUUCAGCAUUAUGCCACCCAAGCGGAUGCAACGUUACCGCAGGCUUUGCGCGAAAAGAUCGCUUCCAUACCGCAAGUUCUUCGACAGCUGAAUGCUACGGCGGCACCAUCGAUACCGUUCAAUUUCCUCGAGGGUACACCGCGGACGCCGCUGACACGGUUUUUGCGAUAAACUAACUAAGGUAAGGAAAGAAACAAAAUGGCACAAUUUUAGAUGAAGUUGGUUAACGAGAUUCUCGCUAUCGUGACAAUUGUUGCGCGGUGUACUGAUACAGGAAGUACAAAACGUUAUUUUAAA